UGGGGUGUUCUCGCGAGAGGCAGCGCCUGCACUAUGUUUACAAGCAGUAUAUAUUAGCAGCAGUCUCCCCCUAGCGUUACUGCUUUAUGGUCCGGCCCGAGCGAGUGUUUGGAGAACCCGCGGCUGCUGGGAGGAGGCUUCACCGACAUUUCGUCUUUUGGCAGCCGGGACGGAGGCAUCUCUCCUUCGGGAAACAUUUUCAUUUGACCAACUAGUCCCCUCGUGUCUCGUUUGCAGUCCAAGCAGAGCGAGGGAAGAGAGAAAAAAAAGGAAGAAAUUAGCCAGCAAGUCGUCGGCUCGGGUUUGCUCCGCAGGGGUAUACAGAGCAGAGGGGAAGCAGAGCAGACCCUGCCCUGCCUGAUUGGAGAGGGAACCACGACCACUGCUCCAGCCAUCAUGCAGACCUCCGUCCUCCUCCUCCUUUCCCCAAUCCUCCUCCUGUCCGUCCUCAUCCCCGCCUGCUCGUCCCAGAGUGACUCAGACCUCAUCGUCCAGACACGUAGUGGUCGAGUUCGUGGCAUCCGCCUGCCGGUGCCCGACCACGGCUACGUCACCGCUUUUCUCGGCAUUCCCUUCGCUGAGCCACCCGUAGGAAAGCGACGCUUCCGUCCCGCUGAGCGCAAGCAUCCGUGGACGGGGGUGCACGAUGCCAAGUCCUACCCCAACGCCUGCUACCAGUUUGUGGACACAUCAUUCCCAGGCUUCCAGGGCAGCGAGAUGUGGAACCCCAACAGAGACAUGAGUGAAGACUGCUUAUACCUCAAUGUGUGGGUGCCCUCCUCGGCUAGACCGCACAAUCUCACUGUCAUGGUGUGGAUCUACGGCGGAGGUUUCUACAGUGGCUCUUCUUCUCUGGAUGUGUACGAUGGCCGUUACCUAGCUCACAGUGAGACGGUCAUUGUGGUUUCCAUGAACUACCGGAUCGGUGCCUUCGGCUUCCUCGCUUUGCAUGGUUCCUCUGAGGCGCCAGGCAACGUCGGUCUGCUGGACCAGAGGAUGGCGCUGCAGUGGGUACAAGACAACAUCCAUUUCUUUGGUGGAAACCCCAAACAGGUGACUAUCUUUGGUGAAAGUGCUGGCGGUGCUUCGGUCGGUUUCCACCUGUUGUCUCCAGACAGCCGGCCUACCUUCACCAGGGCCAUCCUGCAGAGUGGAGUCCCCAACUGUCCCUGGGCUUCAGUCAGCCCCGCUGAGGCCCGCAAACGGGCCACAUUGUUGGGCAAACUGGUUGGCUGCAACGGAGGCAAUGACACCGAGCUGGUUGACUGUCUGCGCAGUAAAAGUCCGCAGGAGCUCAUCGACCAGGAGUGGCAGGUCCUGCCGUGGUCAGCCCUCUUCCGCUUUUCAUUUGUGCCCGUCGUGGACGGCGAGGUCCUGCCCGACACUCCCGAGGCCAUGCUCAACUCAGGCAGCUUUAAACAAACUCAGAUUCUGCUUGGGGUCAACCAGGACGAAGGCUCCUACUUCCUGUUGUAUGGGGCGCCAGGCUUCAGCAAGGACAACGAGAGCCUCAUCUCCAGAGAGGACUUCUUGGAAGGUGUCAAGCUGAGUGUACCGCAUGCUAAUGAUAUUGGCCUGGAGGCGGUGGUGCUACAGUAUACUGACUGGAUGGACGAGAAUAACGGGCUAAAGAACCGUGAUGCCAUGGACGACAUUGUGGGCGACCAUAACGUCAUCUGCCCACUGGCUCACUUCGCUCGCUCCUACGCCCUCAAGGCUAACACGGGUGGAGCCGGCUCCGGGGUGGUAAACAGCGGAGGAACCCCACCAGGAGGUGUCUACAUGUACCUAUUUGACCACAGAGCGUCCAACCUGGCCUGGCCGGAGUGGAUGGGCGUGAUCCACGGCUACGAGAUUGAAUUUGUCUUUGGACUGCCAUUGGAAAAGAGACUCAACUACACCCUAGAGGAGGAGAAACUGAGCCGACGCAUGAUGAAAUAUUGGGCCAACUUUGCGCGAACUGGAAAUCCCAACGUGAACCAUGACGGGCUGGUUGAAAGCAAGAAGCGCUGGCCUUUGUUCACUAUCACUGAGCAGAAACACGUUGGACUCAACACUGAAACACUAAAGAUCCACAAAGGUCUGAGGAACCAGAUGUGUGCUUUCUGGAACCGCUUCCUGCCACGCCUCCUCAACAUCACUGACAACAUAGAUGAGGCAGAGCGUCAGUGGAAGGUGGAGUUCCACCGCUGGUCCUCCUACAUGAUGCACUGGAAGAGCCAGUUCGACCACUACAGCAAGCAGGAGCGCUGCACCGACCUCUGAGAGCCUCGGCGGAGAAAGGAGAGAAUGAUGGGGAAGAAAGGGGGGAAGCGAGAGAGAAGAAGCUCGGGCCAUUUUCCUUCCAUAGCCCCUCAGUGAAGUCUAACUUUGUACAAGUUUUUUUUUUUUUUUUUUUUUUUCUUUUCCUCUGGUUCAUUACACACACAAACACAGGCACUGUUAAUCUUUAUUAAUAUUAUUUAUACUAUUUAUUUAUGUGUUGUUUGUUUUAUUUAUGUGUGUCUCUGUGGAAAUGUAGGGCUAUGGUGGGAACUUGUCCUCAAAGUAGUGUGAUAUCGGAAAUGUCAAAGAUGUGUCAAUACCUCCGGUGUGUCUGUGUGUGUGUCUGUGUGUGACUGUAUACUUGAGUGUGUGCGUGUGUGUGUGUGUGGCUGUAAACCUUCUUGUUUAAGUCAGAUCUCAACAGACCCAUAACACUGCACCACUACCACUGCUGGUUUACUGUAGUCUCUUGUCUUUAUGUUGAUCUCAUACACUCCUCUUUGGUUUUCCGAGGAUUCCAUCUCUACAAUAUAUCAGGUUCUUGGUUGUUGUUUUUUGUUUUUUGUUUCUUGUUGUUUUUGGACUCAACAGCAUUGUUUUUUUUUUUCUAUUUCACCUUUCUGUCGAUGCCUUUUUAGUCAUGUUCUUGUUCAAUACUACUGUCACGCCCACUGUUAUUAGCGUCACCUGUCUCGUCCUGCUUAACUUGGCCUUGUGUAUUUUCUCAUGCGGUAAGGCCAUAAGCUGGUUUACACUGAAGCGUCAUAGACUCCCUCUGUAUUGGGGAAAAAACCACUUUAUGCUCGUUUGAUGUGAAUGUAAGUGUGUAAGAUAGAUCUUUCCAUUUGUACUAUAACUGGUGCAUGACAUUCAGCCCAACUGAUUGGUGCCUAAAUUUAGACCACAUUUCAAAACUUCACUUUAAGUCACCUUGAACAUUGGAGCAGGGAAUAUCUACUGACAAAAAAAACCUCAAAUAUAAAAUAUAUAAGAUAAGAUAUGUGAAUAAGGGCCACUGUAAAAAAUAAGUUCUUACUUUUUCUUUUUAAGAAUUCUGAGUAUAAAGUCUGAAUUUUCAAAAUGAAUUUAAAAAAAAGUAGUCUACUCCCAAUAUGUUUUCCAGUGGCCCUAAUCCUCUUGUGUACAAAUACAAUGGGGAAGUCAUUGAAGGAGUUUAAAAAGAUUGUAAAAUGUAGCAGAGGACAAUACACAUCUCUGUCUGGUUCAGGUUUGAGCUCACUGAGGUCAUGUCAUAGGGAAUUCUCUCUGGGAAAUUGGGUCAUUUAUCAACCUGGAAGAAACUUCUUAAAUUAAUCCAGAUUAGAUAAUCUAAGAUGCUGCGUACAGUAUUUCUAAACUCCAUAUAUUUACAUGUGACAAGAAGUAAAGAAUUCAGUAUUCCACCACCAAAAUGUUAAUACAGAUAUGUAUUCAGGAAAGGUCCGUGACAGUAAACAGCAUUUUAGAAAUCCAUGUUUCACAGUUAACUGAAUAAAUACAAUAUGGGACUCAUGACCUCAAUCUUGGACCGAAAUACUGCACUGAAUUUUGUGUGUGUGUGUGUGUGUGUGAUCCUCUCAGCAUUGUGUACAGCUUUGCAGUAUUACAUUAACAUUUCUGUGCGACACAUUUCCCUCCCUGCCUCGUCUCUCCAUCACGUUGUUGAUCUCACUGGUUCCAUUUCCUCCUCUUGAUCUACUGUUUCCUUCCUCCUCAUUCGACCUCACCCCCCUCCCUCUCCCUGUUUUCUUUUCCUUCAUUUCUGUUAUUCCAACCAACUGCCCACUCCUCCCUUCCCUCUCCGCCAUCUCUAGCCCAUCGUCCCAUCCUCCGACUCUCCUCGACCUCCUUCUCUUCCUGCAUCUGUUCCCUUCUCUCGGUCGCGGUCCUGUUGACCGGCCCCUCGCCCUGCUUUGCAACCAGGCCACCCUCCUCUUCUUUAAUCUUCUCCUCCACUCCAACUCUCAUCUUCGCCUCUAAUCAACCUCCACCCACCCUCCUGUCUUUCCUGUCCUCUUCCUUUCAUCCUUCACUCCCUCCUCCUCCCUCACCCUCUCACUCUUGUGUCAGACCUCCUAUUCCCACUCUUCUGUCCUGUCUUUAUAGCCCCUCUCAUUUAUUUUUCUCCUUCCACCUCAUCUAACUUUUCUCCUCCUCAUCAGCUCCCUCAUCUCUCUCUCCCUUCUCAUCCAUCUCUCAGCCGCAUCACUCUUCCGCUUCCCCCCCCCCCCUCCUCGCGCUCUCCAUCCCUGCCCCCUUCCCCCAUCUCUCUCCGUCCUCCCGCUUUCUCGUUAGUCUAAUGGAGGCAGAGUAAUUCACUUAGCAGCAGGAUAAUGUGACAGAGUGCUGGCUCAGCCUCUGGCCUGCCAGCCAAAGGGACAGGAUGGAUUGAUGGAUGAAAAAUGAAGUUGGGAGAGGUAGAGAGCUGAAGCAGAGAGAAAGUGGCAGGGGAGGAGGCGAGAGAGAGAGGGGAGAUGGAGGAGGCAGAAGGAGAGGUGGAGAUGUGAUGGAAAGAUGAAAAGACAGUCGGAGAGAUGCAUCAUUACAUAAUUCCAGUCCUUCUAAAGACUGGGUGUACGUGAGUUCCAGCGUACACAUGUGGCACUGAUAAUGUAACAAAACAUUAGAACGUUAUUUAAAAAAAAAAAAAAAAAAAAAGUUCAAACACUCCAAAUGAGACAAAUUACCAGUCUAUAAUAAUAUAAUAUAAUCGUAUCCUGCUCAGAUUUGGAGGUUUGCGAUUUUAUGACGACUCCACCCAGGAUCGGUUUUCCCCAACCCCACCUCAAAACAUAGCUGCGCGGGGUUACGUAACUGUUAUACUGUAUUAUUCUUGUCUUCAUUUCUACUGUAUCAUCAUUUGCAAAUAGUAGGGGAAGAAAAUAUGUAAAUUGCGCCAAAAGCUGAACAAAAAGUCAUUGCACCUAGCUGAUACUUUAUCUUGAUCUGGAUCACUACACAGCCCUGAAAGACCAUGUGCACUGGAUAAUUAGUCUAUUACUGCAAUUAGUGCAGACAACUCCCAUAUACUGUGCAUACUGUCAUGUUCAAACAUGUGCUGUUUGUGUUAUGCAUAAGUUAUUAACUUAUGCUUGAUGAGAUGGCGUACUUGAGCUGUUGGUCCCCAAAACUUAGAUCUUAUAACACAGAUUUUAUAAAUGUCCACAUGUUAUUUUUUCAUGUAUGCGUCGAUCAAAGUACUUGAAGAUAAGUGGUUAAUAACACAUGCCAUCCCGAAUGAAAAUACGCUUUUGAAUAAAGAUUAGAAAACAUGGGAUUUGAUCUUCAAGGGCUGUGGGCUCUGAGAGGAAUUCACAUUUUCAUUUGCUGAACAGGAAUUUUGCCUUCUCACUCCAGCCGAGUGUGUAGUUGUAUCAUUUGUCCACCAUGCUCAAUAUCAGUGUGUGUGUGCGUGUGCGUGCGUGUCUGUGUGUGCACGUGUGUGUGUGUAAUGUAAUCACUUCACCCGUUUGUCAACCUCAUAGCCAUUUAUUUUUUUUAUUUAUUUUUUUUGUUGAACACUGGGAGGGACCUUGAAUCAGUGCUCUGAUUGGCUAACGGCUGUCCCAGCGAAGCGUCUCUGUCGGCAUGUAAAGCUCCUAUUUAUGGACUGGAGUAGUGUAGUCUAGCUUUAAAGAGAACAAAAUAUGAAUAAAGGAUUGUACCUGAAUACCAGUGAAGAAUGCAUGUGUGAGUGAAAGCUCCUCCAGCUCCUCUCAUCCAAUGGGAGACCCCACUUAAGCCCCACCUCCUCCCCCUAACGCCUCCUAUCAAAUCCUUAUGCAUGUCCUGAAGUCGACCCUCUCCCCAGUAUGUCCUACCAAACUUGGACUGUUAUUUUCUGUAAAAUUUGUACUUUUGAACAAAACUAUUACUAAAGUGAGUAAUAUAUCUCUAAUAUUAGGUAGUUUGAUGUCAGCAAUAACGUAAAUACAUCAGUAAAGGAAUAUAUUUGAUAUUUAAAUGCAGUGAAAAUAUAACGUGAUGAAAACAACAAUGAUGAUGGAUAGAGGUUGUGUUUUUAAAAAGCAAUAUUAUUCUAAGUAUAAACUAAAAAUGAGUGCCAUAAAUAUUUUUUUUUCUUGUAUUUUCUUCUUUUUUUUUUUUGUUGGUUCGGCUUUGUUUCAGUCCUCUGCCUCAUCGUUGUCUGUUCCAGUCACAAGUACUGUAAGUGUUAAAGGCUUCUGUAGCUUCCCAGUAUGUCUCUGUGUAUCAAUAAUGCUGACUUGGUUAAGCUAUGGCAACAGAAAUAAAGACAACCUGCUGCUUCUGUCCA